AUGACGGCAACAACGCAGUCGAAGCGCCCGCCGUGGUGCCUCUCAGCAUCGACCAAAUCUGGCGAGGAGACGAGAAACAUGCACGGGUACUCGGGCGCUACCAGAUUCGCCGCGAGGUUGGCGAUCGACAUGAGUGCGUACGGGACGACGCUCAGAUGUCACCUCGGCCCAGGUCUCGGGCGAUAUGCCCUCCGGCCUGUCGCAGCGCGGCUGGAGAGGGAAGUCCCUGGGGACAAGGACGAUCUCAUAGUCGUCAGGGAGGAUGACGAUGCCUUGGAUCUUACGGCGCUUUCCCACCGCCGGAGUUCUUCGUCCCGGCCACCAGCUCUGGUUCCGGCUUUGCUCUGCGCGCGUAUCACCCCGGCUCUUCCACUCGGUGCCCGGCCCGAGGUCCAGGUCUGCGCUGCCGCCCGACAUCUGAACAACACUGUUGCCGCGCUCCGCUUGAGACAGCGAGCCAAGAUUGUCGGUCCGCUUCUUCACGACAGUGCAGAGCGCUUCGCACGCGGCAGCCAACCGAUAAGGCUCCUUACGCAACCUCAGACUCGCCAAGGGCAGGAGAUUCGACAACCCCAAGCUCAAGCCCGUGAUAGGGAGGAAGAGAGCCUCCAUGGCAAACUUUGCGGUAUCGAUCCAUGA